GAUCGAGGACAUCAUUACAAAGAUGCAGGAUGACAAGACAGGAGGUGUACCCAUCAGAACAGUUAAGAGCUUUCUCUCCAAAAUCCCCAGUGUCGUCACAGGUACUGACGUUGUGCAGUGGCUUAUGAAGAACCUUUCCAUUGAGGACCCAGUUGAAGCAAUACACCUGGGAAGCCUUAUUGCUGCCCAGGGCUACAUCUUCCCAAUCUCGGACCACGUUCUCACCAUGAAGGACGAUGGCACGUUUUACCGUUUCCAGGCUCCUUACUUCUGGCCUUCCAACUGCUGGGAACCUGAAAACACUGACUAUGCCAUCUAUCUCUGUAAGAGGACGAUGCAGAACAAAGCGAGGCUGGAACUGGCAGACUACGAAGCAGAAAACUUAGCGAGACUCCAGAGGGCCUUUGCGAGGAAGUGGGAAUUCAUCUUUAUGCAAGCAGAAGCACAAGUAAAGAUUGACCGGAAAAAGGACAAGACAGAAAGAAAAAUUUUGGAUAGUCAAGAACGGGCCUUUUGGGAUGUUCACAGGCCAGUGCCAGGCUGUGUGAACACAACAGAAAUGGAUAUCAGAAAAUGUCGACGUUUAAAGAAUCCACAAAAGGUUAAAAAGUCAGUGUAUGGUGUAACUGAAGAGUCCCAGUCACAGAGCCCUGUGCACAUACCCAGCCAGCCAAUUAGGAAGACUACAAAAGAUGACAUCAGGAAACAGAUAACAUUUUUGAAUGCACAGAUUGACAGGCAUUGUUUGAAAAUGUCCAAAGUGGCUGAAAGCUUAAUUGCUUACACGGAACAGUAUGUAGAAUACGACCCUUUCAUAACGCCAGCAGAGCCAUCUAAUCCUUGGAUCAGUGAUGACAUCACUCUAUGGGACAUUGAGAUGAGCAAAGAGCCCAGCCAGCAGCGAGUGAAACGAUGGGGCUUCUCUUUUGAUGAGAUACUGAAGGACCAGGUGGGGCGGGACCAGUUCCUUCGAUUCCUGGAGUCAGAAUUCAGUUCAGAAAAUCUCAGGUUCUGGCUGGCUGUUCAAGAUCUCAAGAAACAACCUCUACAGGAUGUAGCCAACAGGGUGGAAGAAAUCUGGCAAGAGUUUCUGGCUCCAGGAGCCCCAAGUGCAAUCAACCUGGAUUCUCACAGCUAUGAGAUAACCAGUCAGAAUGUCAAAGAUGGAGGGAGAUACACAUUUGAAGAUGCACAGGAACACAUCUACAAGCUGAUGAAAAGUGACAGCUAUGCCCGCUUCCUGCGGUCCAGUGCUUACCAGGACCUGUUGCUGGCCAAGAAGAAGCCAGAAAGUGAGCAAGGUCGUAGAACUUCCCUAGAAAAGUUCACUCGCAGUGUGUGCUGCUGGCGCAGAGUCAGAAUGGCCGCCGCGUUUCACCCCCGAGGUGGCUUCCUUCCAACAGUGGGGAAAGUCACUGGCGGGCAAGCGCCUCACGGGCCUGAUGCAGUCCUCCUGACCGUCCCCACCACAGGGCCAGAGUCCGGGCCUGCAGAGCACCCGGGCAGGCGGCGCUCCACAUCCACGGACAGAGCUUCCUUGCGGGGAGAUUUGGUCACUGUGAAAGAGAAAGAGUGAGGGCCACGGAGGGCAACGGUGGGGAGACGUGGUGGGUGAAUGGGGACCUGAGAAAAAAAAGAGUCCACGGUACCGGGCCAGCCAGGAGAGGCCCCUGUUUACAGCCUCUCUCUUGUAUAGUUACACACCAGUGCUUGUUCUCUCCAAGGCCCUGUUUCUAACUUGGUCAGGGAAGAGUGUCUCAUGGGGUUCCCGUCUGACUAUUGUUUGAGAUAUUAUCCUCACUAGUCCUAUCAUCUGGGGAACCAUGCCUUCCAGUAAACUCAAGAGGGACAAGUGGACCCUGAGCUUGGCUAGUAUUAUAUAUCACCUCCAUGCCCUCUCUGAUGUACCCACAGUGCACAUCACAGUUACGACCACCAUGUCCUGAUUGCCACUUGCCCCUAUCCACCCAACCCCCUCAGCCACCUGGGUGUCACUGCUCUCACAUAAAAUGUCAAAAAUCAUGUCUUCAGCACGAAUGACACUUCACAUUAUCACAUUCUCUGUACUCCCUUUGAGACCAGCUUUCAAAGAGGUCUUGUGGGUGUGCUAGCCACCCUUGUAUCCCAUCAAAUGUCCAAGGGUCCGAUGCUCGAAGAGCCAGGAGUGUAGAUAACAGAGUGUAUUGUUUAGCUACUAUGAAGGUUCUGGUGACAAUCUUUUUUAAAAAAAUCAUUUAUGUCUCCUGUUUCUUCUGCCCCAUUACUCCUUGGUUUGUUCCCUCAUGUUUUACUCAAAAUAAACAUGGCCAUGAAUUCAGGGGCCUCUCCACCCUGGUAUCCCCAGAUGGAAGUUUCUGGACGUAGAUGGGUUGCAGGAUCGACAUAAGGUAGAAUCCAGGCUUGGCCAGACCCUUGCUGGGUUAGGUCUCAGUUGUUCCUGAAGUUAGGAUACAAUAUGCAAUGGCAGGUCCAGGCUAGGAUGGCAGGAUUCCCUUCCCAGUCUCAACCUGAGGGACCGGCCAAAGCACUCCCAUUAAAUGUAGCCUUUAUAUUUAAUGAGAAAGCAAACCUUACAAGAAGAACCUGGGAAAGAUCUCCUGUAUUCUUUGUGUGUGUCAAAAUGACCAAAUUGCCAGCCUGGCUAUGAAGUCAUGUAUGUAACGCACCAAGUCAGGUGCCAGAAACAUAGGAGGUACUUAGCAAACGGUAGCUAGUACCAUCAACAUGGUCAUUGACAUUAUUGUGAUGGCCAUGAGCCCUCAGACAGAACUGUAUUAGCAAGGGGUUUUCAAAUUCAAACACUCACAUUCCCCCACCCCUUCUAUCAACACCUGCUAUGAAAGUUCUCCUUUGAUCUAUUUUUGGCCACAGGUAAGAACUCUCCCUUGAGAGUAUAAACAGAAACAGAGAAAGGAGAGGGAAAAAACCCCACAGUCCCUGGGUCCCUGGUGUUUCUUUAUUCCUGCAAGCAAACUCGCCAGCUGGUGACUAAAGGCCCAAUUGCUUGUUCCCAGUCCCAGCCUUCUGGGUACAUCACAUGACCCAUCUGUCCAGCCCUCUCACCUCCAAAGCCUGUCUAUACCUGCUUCCACACAUCCCUGGAUCCAGGCCACAAGCCUCCCAUCUGUCACAGGGGAGCCACCAGGAGCAUUAAGAAUCUUCAUUACGGUUUUAAGAAUCGUCCUUAUAGAUUCUUGACCCCCACAUCUCCAUUUUCCCCUUGGUUUCUUUCUCCUUGAGACAGUGUCUCCAAAGGUGGCUGUAAACACCCAGUCGGCUGCUCCCACUGAGCCUGGCACUUUGCAAUACUACAUGACCACAGGAGGACUAAAAUGGAACAAAGCCCCAACCCAAGCUCUGGGGGCCUCUGACUCUUCUCCUCCCAUCCCACUUUCUUUCAUCCUCUCCAUACAAUCUUCUUGUUUCUGAAUAAAAUUGUAGUCUGAGUUCAUCUGCACCCAAAAUUGCCCAAAGGCAACUCUUUCCUACCCAGGCUGUGUCGAUGCCAAGGCAUGUUCCCAGGCAACGAAUACAUCUGUGCCUCCGGUUAUCCAGGACAAGGACUCUGGCUGACGCCUGCCCCUCCCAUGGCUUGCAGGACACAUUCUCAGUCAAGCUAUAGCCAAGACGAAGCAGGUUCUCAGCCAUGACUUCUGUGCCCCUUUCUGCCCCAGUUCUUGUUUGCUGUUCCUGUACCACACUAACCCAAGAACCAGUUUCCCUCUGGAGGUUCCCAGAAGGCCCAUCAGAGUGAGGUAGACUGUGGUCAUGAAAUAGAACAGACUGGAAGCUUCGUAACACCCCUGGAGACAUCUAGAAAGGCAGCAGGGUCAACAGGUUCCAUAGAGCUAACAAUGCUUCAGAUGGAUUCAAAUCUAGAGCAAUAAACUCUCAUCCCCACCUCAUAACAGAGGUGAGCUCAGUCCUGCGGCCACCAUGAUGUGUUCCUAAGUAGAUCAAUCAAGGGGUUGUAGGAAAGAAGGCGAACAAAGUUGUUCCACCCAAGUUGGCUAGUCCAGGUUAGUCUGUCCUGCAAGAUUAUUAUGCAAUGAUUUACAAAAUUGUGUCUUAGCUAAGAUUCCCUUUAGCCUGGUGUACACAGUCAAAAGUCCAGAUGACCUUAGAUGUUCAAUAACCAUUCUUCAGCAAAACAGGUUCCUCCACCUCAUUCUGCCCCCUAGAAGCUUACUGGGCUUUCCUAGCUGAGUUUGGUCUCUAAGAUAGAGACUCUUUUCACUGAGGGCUCGUGGGGCAAAUAUCAUUUCAGCAGGUCCCAGGCCAAAGCAUCAGGGCAGUUUUAGCAAGCAAUUCCAACCCCUCAAGUGAAACACCCAAAGCCCAGGGAUGGGUUAUCUGGCUAUAGUAAGCUUUACCUGCACAGGAAGCGUCCAGCUAGUAGGUUAUACAUUUAAAUUCCCAAUACCCAGUCAGCCUGAUCCUGGCAGCUCAGAAGAAACCUCCCGCCCUUCUAGAGAGUGGUGUAUCAGUUUCAUUCUCCUAGAAAGGUGUUAUUGUACCCCAGAAACAAAGUGAGGCCCUGCUGCCAGUGCAGUCAGAUAGGUCUACAGUCCAGGCUUACUCACUGCUGAUUGGCCAGGUACCAGGCCAGCACCAGGGAGGGCCCCUUAAAACUCUUAAGUUGCUGCUUGGACUAGCUGAAUACAUGGGUCAUGCCUAGCAGGAUUCCUGGGAUGUUUAAACUACCUCACCAACAGGACACUGAACCAGGAGCCUUGGCCCCCUUGCUUGUUGUGGGAGUUGGUGUUUUUCCAAAACUGCAUCCUCUCACUCUGUUCCACAUGCGUGGCCUUCAGAAGUCAGCAUGGAGAAGCCCUCCCAGAAGGGAAAAGGAUUGAGGGCUGUUCAUCAUUGGGCCUUGGAGAAUGUACUAGAGGGAGAUGUUCUAGCAAGUUCCAGGAACUGCACAAAGCCUUGAGCUGGGGAGAGAUAAUGUGCCACCAGCGUCUAAAAGGAUCUGGCUAAGAUGAAUAUGUAGCAAAGACCAUGGAAUAGUUGAACAGUGGCCAAAUAAAUCACUAAUAACUCACCACGGGACCCUCUGAAGAGAGGCCUAUAGUCAUGUAACCAUGGCAACAGCAGACUCCAGCAUCCUACUCAUUAGUGCCACCCAGUGAUAAGGCCUCCCCUGGGCAAGACCCAGGGGCCAUAAAGUAGCAAAGUAGCAAAUGUAGCAAUAAGGGGCCUGGAGCCCUGAAGGGACAGGGUCCAAAUAACUGGGGCUCAGCCUUCCCCCAGCCCCAGUGAGGGGACAGAGCCAGCUGCCACCAGCUGUCUGGGGGAGGGGGGGUUGCCCACACCCAGGGUCUCUGUCCUACAUUCUAUGCCCAUUCACCGCAUGAUCACGGACACGUUGGAAUGGCCUCUUCAUAGUGCAUGUGGUUCUCAUUAGUUUAUUUUUCUGGAAUUUGGGGACUGGACCCCAGGACAAAACACGCUGGAAAUGGUCUAAAAAUAAAUGACUACUUGAACCCACUACA